CGGGGCGCCAGUUGAAAGCGUACUGGCGCGGUAGGUUCACGCGCGUCGUGGCGGCAAUUCGAUCGUAACCACAUGUAAGCGAAAUGGAUGUACUGCCGAGCGGUAGUUUAUUCCGCGAGUUGCAGGACGUGACGGACACGGGAUAUUUCGAAUACAAGGUGUCGCUGGAGGACAACUGGCAACAGACAUGCUACGAGAUGGCACGGUACCUACGCGAGGAACCUAGGAAGAGGAGAGAACCACACCAGGAGGAGGAAUGGGCCAUCUCCGCCACCUCGUCUCCCACCUCGCCGCAGUCCCCGAGACUGUUCACAAUCACCGCGGUGAAGAGCGAACCGCCGAGCGAUUCCGACGAACUCGAAAUUAAAGAUGAGCCCCCGUCACCCCCCGCGCCGGUGAGGCGCGCGCACCCCCCGCGCCACUACUCGCUAAUGCACACGCCAGACUCACGGCAGCGCGUGCUAAUGCACACGACAGACCCGCGGCGACGCGUGCACCGCUGCGAGUUCCCCGCGUGUGAUAAGGUCUACACUAAGAGUUCACACCUCAAGGCGCACAAAAGAACACAUACAGGGGAGAAACCAUACAAGUGUUCGUGGGAAGGCUGCGAGUGGCGGUUCGCCCGCUCCGACGAACUCACCCGACAUUACCGUAAACACACGGGCGCGAAGCCGUUCCGUUGCCACCACUGCGACCGCUGCUUCUCGCGCUCCGACCACUUAGCGCUUCACGCGAAACGCCACGCGUAGCCCCAAACCCAACCGCCCGCUCCGAAGAAACGUAUCCGCAAUCGUGCGCGAAAACAGUAGCCGUACGCGGUGACACGUUUACAAUGGGCGCGCGUCUCUUCAUGUGCAACUGAUUCCGUUUAUACAUUGUCGUGAUUUGUGAUCCUUAUGGAAUUGAACGUUGCGAACAAUUGGUAUGUUCGCUUAGCGCCGUUUAGUUAGUGUAAGGCGCGCGCCCACGGGGCGGCCGGGCGGGGCGGGGCGGGGUCUCGCGCGAGCGUUUAUAACCAAAGAAUGCGCUACACACCGUAGCUGAGUCAAAACUCACUUCACAUAAUGUUUUAACGAUUAAUUUUUAUUAUUUAAUUAACGACAAAGAGCGGAUAAUUUGUUUGCAAUAGCGCGAUAUCUGUGGCACCGGCCUCCAUGGUUACAGUUCUUUGUUGCUAUUAAAUGACGUUUUAUUAUAUUAACCGUUGUUUAGUAUAUAAUGUUUUGUAUGCUUCGUGUACAGAGAGUUUGUUUAUGUCGCUCGGUCGCAUAGCGGCCGCGCGCGACACUUGUGCCAUCGUCCGCGUAGGCGCGCGGGCGAUGCGACGCGGCCGACGCGAUGCGAGCCGCGUUGCGCCCGCGCGCUUCCACGCAUACAUUUUCAAUGUGACAUAAAUUUAUUUAUUGUUUCGCGGAUGCUCGGCUUACGUUCCCACCGGCGCCGGGCACAAACUUUAAUUUAGGCUUAGAACGUGCGUCGCGUGACCUGAUAUUGUCGAUAUUUCGAAUCAGUUACUUGGUGUUUAUUUCGCUUAUUGGGGAAACGUCCCACGUUUGGAGUCAGGGCGUGCCUACUUGAUGCAACAUCAGAUCUCAAUGUUCCGCGUGUCGGCGUUAUAUUAAGUAGGUUUAGAAUAUUAUUCGACGAUGUAGUAUUAUUAAUUAUUUAUAAAAAAAAAAAAAAUAUGAAUUGCAUUUUUGUUAAAUUUGUAAUAUUCAAUCGUGUAAUUUAUUUAAUAGUUACGUUCGUAAUUUUAAAGAAAAAAAAAAUCUCGUAUUGAAAGUCGUUUAGUUGAUAUUUAUAUUUUACAUUACGAAUCUUAAUUGUAUGUUUUGUUUCAAAAUUUUUUUUUUUUUUAUUUUAUGUAUUUUACGAGUGACUCCUUCGAGAUAUCGACGUAAAGUAUGUUUAUUUUUUAGUAUGUUCAUUAGUUAAGGUGACGAUAUAGAUUUAUUUAGAUAUAUAAACGAUUUUUUAUCACUUUACAUAUAUAUGGCUCUUGUGGUUUAAAAUACGUGUGACUGAUUGACGUGUCAAUCUACGAUCGAGUGUCAGUCACGUAAGGUUUGCGGAGAUUUAUUGAUAUACACACAAAUCAUUAUAAAAAUAGAGAUUUCUGUAAUGAUUAUUUACCUUACCUUUUUUAUAUUAAGACAUAUUUACAUUGGAUCAGUUGCGACCGUUACUAGGGCCAUGACUUAUGAAAAAUGUGCAUCAAUACAACGCAAUAGGUCAGCGCUGACUUUUAUAUGACAAGGAUGAAUUAUUGAUGUAAAGACACUGAUUUGUCUCGAAUUUGUACUCUGCAAUAAGACUUAUUGGUGUUUUAAUUAAAAAAAAAAAAUAUUUCUACUGAAACAAUAAAUUAUUUUUGAAAUGAAAAUAAUGUUAAAUUAUUUGAUAAGUUUGUUGGAAUGGUGAGUGGGCUUGUCAACCUAUUGACAAAUAUCCGAGGUCAUCGCCCUUUAGUGCGUAACAGUGUUGUCCUAAUAACUUCAUACUUUGAUAUUACAAUUUUCAAAAAAGAAUUGAUCAAACAAGAAUAAAUUUGUAUUAAUUUCUCUCUUAUAUUUUUCGUUGUUAGAUUAUAAAAUUAUUAUAUAGAGUUCUAGAACUUAUGGUAAUAAUAAUAGUGAUCAAUUUUCGAAUGUUAGCAAUCGCCCACAUAGUAAUGGUAGCGGAAUUAAAAAAAAAGUCUAACACGUUAUUGGGUUGUUCAAGAUUUUCGGUUUAACAAUAUGAAAGUGAUGAAGUUUCUUAUGAAUAUUGUGAUGAAUUGUGUGAUGAUCCUAUGAUGGUGAUAUGAUUCGUUUUGAUCCUAUAUAUUUUUUAUAUCUUUCUCAAAUAUCUUCCUUUUAUUUUCAAUAUUUACAGUCUCCGCAAACCGUACCAUUUAAUCUAAUUCAGAAUGCUUCUAAUUUAGUCGAGUAAUUAAUAAAUAAUUUAGUUUACUAAAUUUUUGUUAUCUAUAUACGUUAAGCUACUAAAUUAUUAGUUACUCGACUGAAGCGAAGCAAUCCGAAUUAGUUUUUAGAGCUGUACAAUAAAUAAUCCUAUUCACCUUCUCUUUUGCUUUUCCAUUCCGUUGAACUUCGCUGUGCAGUGUGAUAUAUGCGCAAUUCUUUUAUUAAUUAAAAAUCUGCACAGCCGAGUUAUUUAUGACAUUAUGACGUGUCACCUCUGCGCACUUGUAAAGAUCAAUAUUUUUUUUUAGAAUAAACAUUAACCUACAGGGAAUUGUAUUCUGUAGUUUUUUUUUUUUAUUUUAUUUUAUAUUAAAAAGUGCGCACAGGUGACGUGCAACAAGUUGAUUCUAAAGCACAGUCGCCAUUUUUUAGUCGAAAUUUUUAAGGCCCUUUGCGACGCGUGUCAUUUGAUAACGAUGCCGCGUCCGCUAAUAGUGAAACUAGCCUUUUAGUGACCUAACUGCCAACAAUUUGUAUGGCAAAAUUUGCACAGUAAAUGCAAUUGUGCAUGUUCAACGGGAUAGCGUGCAUUAUGUUUAUAAUUUAACAAAUUAUAUACGGGAUUUGGUUUUUAAAAUUAUAUCAGAUCUGAAUGCGAAGGUGGGAUCUCAGAUCCCACUACAGUUCAUUGGUGGGAAAUGAUAAAUUAUUAUCACUCUAUAUUAUAUGUUUAAAAAAAAUUACACAACGUUUACCCGUUUGUGAGUAGCGAAAGUGAUUUAGAAACUCUCGACGCUAGAGGACGUCGUCGUCACACAGUAAAGCAGAUUUUGCCAAUACAAGUAAUGUGCAAAUAAGACUUAGCGUAAACAAAACGCUCAAAAUAAGUUAGCUUUUAUCAAAUAGUUUGAUGAUAUAUAUUAAUUUUUUAAUUAAAUAAUAGUGCCAGAGCCACCGAACAUUGUUUUUGGAUGCCUUUUUCUUAACUACAAUAAGUACAACGACUGUAAUGAGAUCAAUAAUGAAUAAACUGCCAUAGAAUAUUGCGUAUGUUGAUAAUGGGCACACUCGGAUCGGAAAUAAUUAGUGAAAGUAAUUUAAUUGAAAAUUAGUAAAACUAAUUUAAUUAAAAGUUAGUGAAACUAAUUAAAAAUGAACUAAUUGAAUUAAAAAUUAGUGAAACUAAUUUUUUUAUGAGUAAUAUUUGAAUUUAAUGAAUUAUUUUAACUGUUCCAAUGUUACUUUUUAAUAUUGUAAAUAAAUUUUCAGAUGGUUUUUAUUGAUAUUUGUUCGUGUAUCUUGCAAUUACGUAUUACCUAAUGUGUGAUAGUAAUGCAUGAUGUAUUUAAUAAAUAUAAGGACAUAUGGAUUGGAGUAUGACUUUGAAUACUUUUUUAUAUUAUUAAAUCUGCUUUUUAUAAAACUGCAAUAAAAACAUUUUUUACUGAAUUGUAAUUAUUAAAAAAUAUAAACUAUAUUAAUAAGUAAUAGUAAUAGGAUUAUAGGGCUUACAAAUGUUCGAUAAUUUUGACAAUCGAAUAUUCGGGUUUUGUUUUUCGGCUUAGUAUUCGAAUAUCCGAAUAUUAUUCGAACAAUCUAAAAAAAAAAUUAAAGGAAAAAUAGUAUAUUCCUCUAUAAAUAAAGCAUUAUUUCAUAUGGGCGACUGUGAUGAAAACUAAAUAUUUGCUCUGCCAUCCCUGUCUAUAGUCAAAUAUUUCUUCUUUCCAUAUUGUGAAGAGGAAAUUGUAAAAAGGGAUAAAUUAAGAUACCUAAUUAUAAAAGACACCAAAUACUAAGCAAAAUUGGUGAGAAAAUUGAGUCCAAAGACUGACUCUGGUAGCCUGGAACAAUUCCUAGGAUAAAUAUAUCCAAGUAGAAGCUAAUGAAACAUUAUCAAAUAUUUUCCCGAACAAAAAUCAACGCUAUAGUAAAACGCAAAGAGCAUCAUUCUGGCUGUUUUGUUUCUUUACCUCGAAAACUUUGUAGAGAAGAAAUCUCUCGGUUCAAAUUAAUUUAACUAAAUAUAUUUUCUUUAUUAAUAAAGAAAAUAAGGCUAUAAAAAAUUUCUAAUAUAUUCCAAUAGCACUGAUUUACCGUAUGAAUAUUAAUUCUGAAAUAAUAUUCGAAUAUUCGAAUGCAAGCCCUAAAUAGGAUACACAAGUAAUAUAAUUUCCGGUCCGACUGUACCCAGCUACAUUAUCUUAAAUCUUAUGACGGUUAGUGUAUGAUAAAAUACAGUUUGUCUGUUUGCAUGUGUUUUGGCUGUUCUCUAAGGAAUAAAACUCCCGGGGGCCAAUAUCUUAGUCUUCCCGAAUUUAAUUAAAAUAAUUUUGUACAUCAUAACGUUCUCGGGACACAGCGGGUUUUACAAAUCGACUUUGAACGGUUCAUUUGGAGAAAUUUUAUUAAUAAAACUUUAGGUUAAAUAAUAAAACAUAACGAGUGAGAAAAAUAAUAAAACGAUUUAAUCAUUAAAUUAAUAAGAAUUAUUCGCUAAAAAAUAAAACGAAAUAAAUUUACCACUCGGGUUGUUGAAAUGUUUAAUUAAUAUUAGUUUGAAAGCGUUUAUGGCACGAAUGCGACGCAUAUUAUACGCCCUUUUUGCACUGCCAAUGUUUAGGUAUAGGCGUUUUAUUUAUUAUUAAUUCUACCGCUACGUCGUGUUUUAUAAAAACCCGAUAAUAAAACAGUCAUUAACGACAACGAAUGACUAAACUAGAACGGAAAAAUAUACAGCGUGUUUUAUUAAAUAACGAUAAUUAUGUUAAAAUUCAUGAGAUUUGUAGUCGCUUUUAAUUGUUUAUCUUUAUGAAAUUAAAUCUUUUAUUAGUAUAAAAUAAAUUUAUAAAAAUAAAAAAAAAAAUACUAAAAAUUUAAAAUCGUACGAGCUUUCAAUGUUUAUUAUUGUGAUCUUUUUAAAGUACCUAGUCUUUGGUCAUUAGUGCUUUGUAAUUCUAUUGAGAUUUUGUGUCAAAACGAUUGACAGUAAUUUUUUUUAUAAAUGAAAUUACUUUUAAAUUUUUUAAACGCCUCGGCGUUGCCAGCGUUUGUUUCUAUGCUAAAUUUAUAUAUAUAUAUAUAUAUAUAUAUAUAUAUAUAUAUAUAUAUAUAUAUAUAUAUAUUAUUAAUAAUAAGUAGAAGAAAAAAACAGUAAAAUAAAUAAAAUGAAUAAAAUACGUAAAAUUAAUGGAUGGUAAAAGAUAUAUAUGUAUUUAAAAUCGAAUUUAGAUUUUAAAUGUUAAAAACAUUAGGAUUAAAAUAAAACCCAUCAUCAACAUUGUUUAAGAGAUUGGGUGUAGGUGGAAAAUUAUUUAAUCUUUAAUCAAAUUAUUUGUUUAGUUGAAAAAAAUAGCAAUUAUGUAUUAGUAAAAGAAAUAUGCAAUUUUUGAAAGCGAGACGUUAUAGAAAGUACAAUUCAGUGUUACUUAAUAGGUAAGCUAAACAUAUUUGAAUUUGGAACUACACCAAAUCUCUUAAACUUAAUAAAAACAAUACAUAAAAUUUCAUAGUACCCUAUAUAUGUAGUGAUUUUUGUAUUGUUUAUUUAGCGUACAUAAAAUAUCUAGAUACAUGUAUGGAUGUAAAUGGGAAACGGUGAAUUUAGCGUUAAGAAAUACUAAAAAUUUAAUGUGAUUCAUAAUUUAUUCACAUACAUUUUUAUAUUAAGGUACGGACAAACUAUGUAUGAGUGUGCGACAUGAAUGCAUGUCACCACUUUUGCUUCAUGGCGACCGUUAGAUAUACAUAUUUAUUAACUAUAUGAUUAAAUAUAUAAUGCACGAUGGCUGAAUAAGUAGUGGGGUAGAUAAAAAAAUAUACAUACAUUUGUAUAUGAAAUAAUAUAAAAAAAAUUAUACAUAAUUAUUAUUGAAUAGUAAAAAAAAUUAUAUGUGUAUAAAAAUUGCGGCUGUGUGUUAAAGAAUCAACCUGUAUUUAGGGUAUGUAAAUCAACUAAAUUAGGUAGCACUAUAUUUUUUUUUUAAUUUUAUUUUACUAUUUAUGACAAUGUUUUUUUAAUUAUAUAUAUAUUUUCUGAGUAUACCUUAUAAAUUAUUGUAAACCUAUUAGGUAUUAUAAUUAUUAGACUAUAUUAUCAUUUUUAUCACAAUUUUCUAAAUUAAUAUCAACUUAUAUUAACUGUUGGUGUUGAAAUGUUGUAACGGUUUUAUUUCAGUUUAUAAUUGCAUACAAAUUGCUAUUUGAAAUAAUCAAAUUUAUUUACAAGUAACUUACUAUGGUAAUGCACUUUUGAAGUGUAAUAUAUAAAUAUAAUUACACUCAUUAUUUAUUAUAUUCGCGCGUUAUUUAUAUAAAUCUUAAUGAUAUUUAAUAAAACAUAAAUGACAAGUUAUUAAAUUGGCACGUAUGUUUAUAAUUGUGCUUAAAUAUUGAACAUUGUUUUGUACAUUGUCUCUUUAUAUUAUUUCUAUUAUUAUUAGUGUUAUUGCCUCUUUUUGACAAUUAUUAUUUGUUUAAAACAAGUUAUUGUGAAACGAUUUACUUAUGUGUACAUUCCAUGUGCCACUUAACUUGGUUGGUUUAUAAAGAACACGUGAGGCUCGAUGUGUUCGAAUUAUUAUGAAUUUUAUACAAACAUAAUCGUCAGUCACUAAUAGACAUUGUAAUGUAAUUAUAUAAUUAGAUAUUAUACAAGACAUUUAUCAAUAAAUUUUACAAUUAUUUGUAAUUUAAUUGAAUGCUUUUAGAACAAUUGAUUGUAUUGCAAAUUUAUUUUUAUUUUUAUAUAUUUUAAUAAUUAAUUGUAAAGAUUAAAUAGACUUUUUUUCUUAUAAUUUUCAGACGGUUGGACAUAAUUGUAUAAUAUUACAUUCCCCAUCAGCCACUAACUGUCCACUGCUGAACAUAGGCUUCCUGUAAAGAGGGCAUCGCUAGUAGUUGCUCGGCUUGGCAGACGGACUGGAAUCCGUAGUUAGGCUUUGGUGAUGUCUUAAGAGGGACGCUGAUGUCCAUCCUUCGGAGAUUAAUUUAAAUAAUGUUACAUUACAGAGGAAUUAUUCCUAAGGGAUUGCUUACCAAUAAAACUGUCUCUUGUACUAUAUAUACUAUACUUAUUGAAAAUCUUUCAAAAAUUCAUGUAAUAUGGGUAUAAUAAAGUGUUAAUAUGAGGAUUGCAUUCAAAACUGCAGUCGUUAAAAGACUCCUGUCUACCUCAAUCGAUAUACAACCGUGAACAUAUUGUUUAUACUGCCACAUUGUAGUCAAUAAAGGAAUGAUUCACGUGGCUCUGAAGUUAAAGAGUUCUGCUUCCAAUAUUUCUAAGGUGAUUUUUUUUUAUUUUUUACUAGUUACUCCCUAUUCAGUCGUUCUGUUUUGCGCCCUAGAUCCUCCCUCUCUCUCUCUCUCUCUCUAUCUCUAUCUCUAUUUAAUUAUUAUAUCAAAAAUCUAUUUUACUUAACUCUGAUUUGAUAGAAUCUGACAAAAGUUUAUAUAAUCUUUUUUUUUUUUUGAAGCUUUAGUAAUAAACUGUAAUCAAUGAUAUUUCAUUUAGAUGAUUUUUAUUAGCAACAACUGAACAUUUUUUUCAAGAAUACAUUACUGAACAAAGAAGGAGGUCCUUAUAGACUGCCAUAUGGAACAGCGAAGGACUUAAAUGCAUUGCAGACUCCCUGCAGUGUAUUUGAAUUCAUCGCUCCACCUAGUGGGAAGUCGCCACUCAGGUGACUUUUUUCCUCUACCGGUUAUCGGUUUUUCUAGCUAUGUGACCAGGUCAUUGCCACUUCACUUUGCUUAUCCUUCAAAUUAGUACGUUUAUAAGUGACACAGGAAGAAAUGUUCAGUUUUACUUAAAAAAAAAUCUGUUUUUGUAAAAAAUUUUAAUAUCACCCUGUAUAGUACGAUUUAAACUUAUACAAAGGAAUUUUUAUUAAGACUUACAUUUAAAUAUAUAAUAACUGAUCAUAUAUUCUGAUAUAUUAACGUUUAACAAUAACAGACAUAGCACAUCGAGCCUCAUUAUAAUUAUAUGAAGUAGUUUUAAAUGGAUUGAAUAAAAACGGCUUCAUUAUUCUUCCAAACGGCCGUUUGAUUGUAUAUACUGCGUUUAUAUAGUUAUAUUAAUCAUAUAUAUAUAUAUUUACAAAGGAAUAUUUUUAUUUUGAAUUUUUUUUUUAUUACUUUUUCAAACGAGUCGUGUAUGGGGCACUGCCGUACGGACGGAGUGGCAUUGCAUUUUGCAUUUUAUAUUAAUAAAAUUUUCUUAUAUGUGGA